UAGGCUAGGUAAGAUACUUGUACACUGCAAAAUUAAAUAAUGGAUAAUGAAUUCAAUGCUAUAGAAAGCAGCCCCACUCACAGAUUUACUCUUACUUCAAUUCAACCCUUAUUUUUUAUCUGACUCAUUUCACAUGACAAACCCUGCACCAUGCACCAACCAAAGGAAUCUCAAAUAUUUAAUAAAUAAAUCAAACCUCUCUCUCUGUUUCUCUCUGUUUCUCUCUCUGUUUACUCUCUCCCUCACUAUUCCACUAUUGUAAACUCCAUUAAGAAAAAAAAAUCACUCUUUUCUUUUCUCUACCCUUCUUUCUCUCUCUCUCUCUGUAUACUGGCUCUCCCGACCAUGGAAGCUUUCACCUUGCUCAAAUACUGGAGAGGCGGUGGCGCUCUCGGAAUCCCGCCUUCCUCCGACACUCCCUCUUCACGCGCCGCCCCCACCACCACUAUCCUCGCCGCCGUCGAAAACGAAAAUGCAACCGAAAGCGACGAAGACAACGACGACGACGGACCCUUCUUCGACUUAGAGUUCACCGUUCCCGACGAAGAAGCUAACGAAAAUACAAACGGCAACAACACCCGAGAAGACGGCGAAGACGAAGACGAAGACGAAGAAGAAGAUAUUAACAUCGAAGAAUCAGACGGCGAGAGAGAGUUUAAGUUUACUCUGUCCCCUUCGAGCAACGACCGUAGUGAUCCCAACCUUUCGCUGUCUCCGUCGGAGGAUCUGUUUUUCAAGGGAAAGCUGCUGCACGUGGACCCUUCCUCUUUCUCCUCCGAACCUAACUCCAAGCCUCAGUUCACCGCCUCCCUGCUAAAAUCCGCCACCAAAUUCCGCGUCUUCAUGUUGGGCCUCAAGAAGCCCAAGCCCACUGACAAAGACAAGGACUCCAACGCCACCACCAACAACAACGUUUCCGAUUCCGCAAAUCCAGAGGCCCACAAAGACAAGAAGCACUUCACCGUCAAAUUCAAAGUGGAAGAGGUCCCCAUCGUCUCUCUCUUCACCUCCAAAGGAAACAACAAAACCCAAAAACACACUUCCAACGAACAACCACCACCGUCCGAAGAGAAGCGUUUCACCAAAGAAGUCGUGCAAAAAUAUUUCAAAAUGGUUAAGCCUCUCUACGUCAGAGUCUCCCGCCGCUACGCCGACAAGCUCACCUUAAACUCCGCCGCUAAAUCACCUCUUCCAACGCCCACGCCCGAACCCGAACCUGUUGUCGCCGCCGCCGCCGCCGAAACUCACCUCAAGACAACUCAAACACAAAAACUAUCUGCAGGGCUUAGCGUCGUGUGUAAACAAUUAGGGAAAAGCCGCUCGGCGUCUUCGGCUGUGGCGGCGGCUCCGCCGCCAUUUGUGUCUUCGAAGCGGCGCGAUGAUUCGCUGUUGCAGCAACAGGAUGGAAUUCAGGGUGCCAUUUUACACUGCAAGAGAUCCUUCAAUGCCUCCAGAGCUGUGUCUGUUUGUACUUUGUGGAAACAGAGUGCGAGUCUUCUCAGCUUCCGCGUUCGGUGAGCCAUCCAUCGCACGAGAUAUCCAUGAAUGAAGGCAAUGAGAAGCGCCUUUCGACAUGAUAAAAGAAAUGUUGGUUCCUUUCGAGUGUCACCACCGGCGGUGUCAGUGUAAAAAGGAGAAUGUUAUUACUUAGAUUAGAUUAGAUUUUACACUACAAGGAAGUGAAAAAAAAGAAAAGAAAAGAAAAGGUAAAAGGAGAGUGGUGGGGCUGCAUGAUUUGUUCAGAUGAAUGAAGCUCGUCACCCAUUAGCGUAGUGGCUCUCUUUUUUCUUCCUUGGUAGUGUAAACUGUAAAGCUCUUUCCGAUAAAGCGAAAGAAGAAACAGAGCUUUUCCGUGUAUGUUUCUCUUGGACGUAUCUCUAUGUAUCUAUGUAAUGUAGCUCUAGCCAGGCCACAUCAAAUACCACCCUAAAUCUACUCCUCCUGUACAAAUUGUUUUCCUUUACUUUCUGGGUACCAUUGACUUCCUUCCUUAUUUUCCUUUCUUUUUACUGGGGGCUGAAUAAUCGAUACUUUAAAAGGUGAUUCGUGAAUCUAAUGUCUGUGUGGACACAAUUGGGUAUUUUUUAAACCUGGUGUAGUGGUCAAGGUGGGGGUAGAAAGAAUGGUUCGGCUAAUAAUUAUUGCUGUUGAUUUCAUAAAGUUUGAAACUUUUAAUAAUAUGAAGCAUGAUAGUUACUCGAGAAGAGGGAAAAUGCGGUCAGAGAAGUGGGAAAGAGAGCGACAUGAGCAGUGAAAGUUCGAUUUUCUUUUGGGGAAGAUAGGAAAAGAGUGUUUGAACGAGAAAAGAGAGUGAGGAGGGUGGAAAUGGAAUUUAACACAGCAUAAUAAGGGCGUGAAUGCGAGAAAGAGGCACGUUCUGUGCUGCAUUUGUUUGUAUAAAAAUAAAUAAAACUGGUUUGGGUCUUUGGCUCUGCAA